GGCCGUACACGGCCAACAAUCGAGCCGUGGGUAACCUUUUCCCUUCCCAUCCCGUUCAUAUGGUGCGUUGACUUCCUCCGUCGCCGUUAAAGCGGAGCUAUCAUGGCGGAGCGCGUACAGCAGCCCCCAGCCAAGCGGCUCUGCUGUAGACCGGGCUACAGCGCAACAUGUAGGCAAGGCCAGCGGGCCGCGGGGGCGCCGUGUGGCGGCUCGGCUUCCACCCAGGGCGAAUCGAGCAAAACACAGAACCCGGAGUCUCUCCUGGACAUCGCCGCGAGGAAAGUCGCGGAGAAGUGGCCGUUUCAAAGGGUAGAGGAGCGCUUCGAGCGGAUCCCGGAGCCCGUUCAGAGACGGAUCGUGUACUGGUCUUUCCCGAGGAGCGAGCGGGAGAUCUGCAUGUACUCGUCGUUCAACACCGGCGGGGAGGAGAUCGGAAGUAGCGGGGAGAGCAGCGACGAGACGCGGCUGCCGUUCCGCCGGGGCAUCGCUCUGCUGGAGAGCGGCUGCGUGGACAACGUACUGCAAGUCGGGUUUCACCUCAGCGGAACAGUGAGGGAACCCGCCACGUCCUCAGAGCCCGAGCUGGUCUGCAACGUGAGCGUCAGCUUCGACCGCUGCAAAAUCACGGCAGUGACAUGCAACUGCGGCAACAAGGACAUCUUCUACUGCGCCCACGUCGUGGCGCUUUCGCUGUACCGAGUGCGGAAGCCAGAGCAGGUCAAACUGCGCCUGCCCAUCUCAGAGACUCUUUUCCAAAUGAACAGAGAUCAGCUGCAGAAGUUCGUUCAGUACCUGAUCACAGUGCAUCACACCGAGGUGCUGCCGACGGCACAGAAACUGGCCGACGAAAUCCUGUCCCAGAACUCUGAGAUCAACCAGGUUCAUGGAGCUCCAGAUCCGACGGCGGGCGCCAGCGUGGACGAUGAGAACUGCUGGCAUCUGGACGAGGAGCAAGUUCAGGAACAGGUGAAGCUCUUCCUCUCGCAGGGCGGGUACCACGGCGCGGGAAAGCAGCUCAACUUACUGUUCAGCAAGGUGAGAGAGAUGUUGAAGAUGAGGGACUCCAACGGAGCUCGCAUGUUAACGCUGAUCACAGAGCAGUUCAUGGGCGACCCCAGACUGGCGCUGUGGAGGCAACAGGGAACCACCAUCACUGACAAGUACAGGCAGCUGUGGGAUGAACUAGGGGCCCUGUGGAUGUGCAUUGUGCUGAACCCCCACUACAAACCCGAGCAGAAGGGUUUCUGGCUUCGACAGCUUCGCAGGUGGAACAGCGUGGACGUCUGCCCCUUGGAGGACGGUAACCAUGGCAGCGAGCUGACCAAUCUGACCAACGCUCUGCCCCAGGGCCCUCCUGGCAACCCAGAUUCACUGACUCGGCCUCACAGGACGGUGUUCACGCGGGCGAUCGAGGCCUGCGACCUGCACUGGCAGGACCCCCACCUGCAGCACAUCAUCACCGAGGACCACUACACCAAUUACUGUUACCAUGACAACCAGGACAGCUCCCUCUUCGACGCCCGAGGGUGGCCCCUGUGGCACGAACACGUCCCGACGGCAUGCGCCCGAGUCGACGCCCUGAGGUCACACGGUUACCCCAAAGAAGCGCUCAGGCUGGCCAUCGCCGUCGUCAACACGCUGCGGAGGCAACAGCAGAAACAGCUCGAGUUCUUCCGAGCCCACAAAAAAGAGCUGCUCCAUAAAGGCGUAACGUCAGUCACCAACCUGGAGGGCUGGGUGGGCCACCCUCUGGACCCCAUCAGCACCCUGUUCAGCACCCUCAUGGAGACGGGGCGGGGCAGCGAGGACGGAGCCACGGCCCUGCUCGACUUCUCGGGCUUGCCGGGUUCAGGUCGGAGGACGGAGCAUCCUGUUUUCCCCGCGCGGCGUUUCCUGGAGGACGGCGAGUCGUUCGUGUCGCUGGCUGUAGAGACGGCUCUGAUUGGUUUGGGGCAGCAGAGGGUGAUGCCCGACGGCCUCUACGCCCAGGAGAAGGUGUGUCGCAGCGAGGACCAGCUGCUGACCAGGCUUCAAGAGGUCGACUUAGAUGACACGCUGGUGAAAAUCUUCCGGAAACAAGCCGUCUUCCUUCUGGAGGCUGGUCCUUACAGCGGUCUGGGGGAGUUACUCUACAGAGAGAGCGUCCCCAUGCACACUUUUGCCAAGUAUCUCUUCACCUCCCUCCUACCUCAUGAUGCCGAGCUGGCGUACAAAAUUGCACUGAGGGCCAUGCGGUUGCCGGUCCUGGAGUCCACCGCCCCCUCCGGUGACUUGUCUCGGCCUCACCAUAUAGUGUCCGUGGUCCCUAACCGCCUCCCCCGCUGGUUCACCCUCAGCCACAUAGAGACCCAGCAGUGUGAACUGGCCUCCACCAUGCUAACUGCUGCUAAAGGCGAUGCUCGUAGGCUGGAAACAGUGUUAGAGACCAUCCAGAAGAACAUCCACUCCGCGUCCCACAUCUUCAAACUGGCCCAGGAUGCCUUUAAAAUCGCCACCCUCAUGGACAGCCUGCCAGACAUCACACUGCUCAAAGUCUCCCUGGAGCUGGGUCUUCAGGUGAUGAGAAUGACGCUGUCCACCUUGAACUGGCGGAGGAGGGAGAUGGUGCGAUGGCUCGUCACCUGUGCUACUGAGGCUGGUGUGUUUGCUCUGGACAGCAUCAUGCAGAGCUGGUUCACCCUCUUCACCCCCACCGAAGCCACCAGCGUCGUGGCGAGCACAGUCAUGUCCAACAGCACCAUCGUCCGCCUGCAUCUGGACUGCCAUCAGCAGGAGAACCUGGCCAACUCCGCCCGCACCCUGGCCCUGCAGUGUGCCAUGAAGGACCCCCAAAACUGCGCCCUCUCGGCUCUGACGCUCUGCGAGAAGGACCACAUUGCCUUCGAGACAGCCUAUCAGAUUGUACUGGACUCGGCCGCCACAGGAAUGAACUACACGCAGCUGUUUACAAUAGCACGCUACAUGGAGCACCGCGGUUAUCCUAUGAGGGCAUACAAACUAGCAACGCUAGCCAUGACUCACCUGAACCUCAGCUACAACCAAGACACACACCCGGCGAUCAACGACGUGCUCUGGGCGUGUGCUCUCAGCCACUCGCUGGGGAAAAACGAACUGGCAUCCGUCAUCCCCCUGGUGGUGAAGAGUGUGAAAUGCGCCACCGUCUUGUCGGACAUUUUGCGGCGGUGCACGUUAACGACGCCGGGCAUGGUGGCGCUGCACAGCCGCAGGAACUCUGGGAAGCUGAUGCCUCUGGACAAGGCUCCGCUCAGGCAGCUGCUGGACGCCACGAUCGGGGCCUACAUCAACACGACGCACUCCCGGCUGACGCACAUCAGCCCACGCCACUACAGCGAGUUCAUCGAGUUCCUCAGCAAAGCCAGAGAGACGUUUCUCAUGGCGCACGACGGACACAUCCAGUUCACGCAGUUCAUAGACAACCUGAAACAGAUAUACAAGGGCAAGAAGAAACUCAUGAUGCUUGUUCGAGAGAGAUUUGGUUGAAAGACGAUCAAAUGACCAAAUCGCCCUUUUUUACUUGAGUCUCUUUUUUUAUCCUCUCUGACUUGAAGUGAAAAUCCUCCUAAAACAACGUUCAUGCAGAUCUUGUUUUAUGAUUUGGCGUCGCGGGGUCGAAUGUGAUGAACACAAUUUACUGAAGGCAAAUAAUUGGACCGUGAUGUGGAAAAAGUCAUAAAGGUUCAGAGUGAAUAUUUCUCUUCAUUGUGACUGAUCAUGAGCCCAGACGGACAAGUCUGAAACUGAAGAAGAAGAACACUGUAAACCAUUGAAGCAACAGCCGGUGUUGAUGUGUAUAAAACCAUUAACUUCACAGAAGGAGAGAUCUGUCAGUUCCCGGAUGUUUCCCUUUAUAUGUAUGAAAGUGAGAGUAAGAGUUUUACACUGAGUAUAAACUGUACUGUCCAGUGGCAAAAUGUCCACCUUGCACUCCUCCUACUUCCCUCAGCAAAUGUUCACAGCCUCAAAGAGAAGACAAAUGGCUUUAAACCAAAAGGAGCAACUCCAUCUGACGUGACAAGUACCUCUUUUUAAGGAUCCAGCUUUACUCUUUCCCCUCCAGGUCCUCACCCAUCUGCUCGGUGAAGUGAAAGAAAAACUCAAAAUUCGCUGUCAGAAUUCAUUUACUGGGUUGAUAUUUCUUUCUGCCGCCUUCAGGCUGAUUGUUUUGGCUUCGCAGUGUUGUCUCAAACAUCCAGUAUGCUUAUUCUACGUUUCUACGUCUCAGAAACUCAAACACAAACUGCCACAGUGCUUGCUCUUGUGGGAACUUGGCAAAUGUCAACAUACAUUCUCAGGGAUUUCUCUAAAAAAGCUGACAAAAAAAAAAGAAAAGAGAACAAAAGCAUUUUAUUGUCCUGUAUAUAUGAAAGUAUAUGUCUGAAUAUUGAAAAAAAAUGUAUAUGUUAACUAAUUUAUGACAGAAUAUUCUAUGUAAGGCACAAUACUUGAAGCUGCAGUACGUUUGGUUUUUGAAACAAGAAAAAAAAACAUAUCAGAAGGACUUCAAAACGUUCGCCUUGCAUGGCAUCAGGGGCCAGUUCAGACUGCAGUGCACGCCGGCCGGUUUGGCUCCGCAGACAUGAAAUGAACUGCAAAAACUGGCCAGUUGCAAGACGGGAAGUGGACAUGCAAAGUGCGCAUUCUCCUGAACACAGAAGCGUAUUGAGGAUUGUAGGAGUCAGAGAAAGAGACGACUGUGGAGGCAGAGCAGCAACAACGUAACAGCCGGCGACUGCUGCCACGUUUGAGCCGAGCGAGAUCUGCCCUCCAUUCAGUCACUAAACAAAGCUCUGUUUGACGCCCGGCGUCCAUGCCUCUUCUUCUGACAUCUCGACUUUGUGCAGGACAGAAAGUUGCUCUAUACUGUAGGUCUUGACUGUUCCACUCUUUUUAACGCUUUUUGUGUUUUUUCAAUUUCGUUUUUCCUCUUCAGUUUAAUUUCUCUCUAGAAUUCCUCACACAAGAACAGCCUUCUUUCUUGCCUUGUCUUAAUGCUUUAAAAUAACCAAAUGGGAGUUCUGACUACCAAACUUUAUUCAUCCGCCGACCGACUUUGGUUACAACCUUGUAGUGUCUUUGAUUUCCAGCUGAACCGGCUCUGUAUUCUGUGCUUUAAAAGCUCGUUUCAUCUGUCUCGGUGUCGUCUCUCAUAUGUUCCCUCAUUGGAGGUCUGUUAGUAGCUCCUUUUUGUUUAGAAGCAACAUGUGCUCCCUUUUAUUUAUUACAUUAGGUAAAUGAUUGUACAACCAUGUCAACAUGCUCAUGAAGUUGAAACUAAGCUUUGAUACACUGAUCGAUUUAUUUAUGUAACUAAAUCACUGUUUUAUAAACUUGUUAAUGAAUCAACGUUUUGUUUUGAUUAAAUUUGUUUUUUUGAGAG